CUGGCUGCGGAAGCGUGGUGCCGGUGGCGGGACGUGGCUGCCCGACAGGAACACGUCAUCACGAUGCCGGCAUUGCCUCUGGAUGAACUCCAGCUGACAGAAAGGGAUCCCGAGACAGGGAAGCUGAGAACUCUGCCAGCACUGCACCCAGAAAUAAAAGCAGAUCGGUCUUUUGUGCUAUACAGACCGCCACCUGUUGUCAGAGACCCUGCUUUAGUGGAAGAAUUCUUGGAGCGAGCAAAAUUCAUUGCAGAUGACCUGAACUGGCUUCUGGCUUUGCCUCAUGACAAAUUUUGGUGCCAGGUAAUAUUUGAUGAGACACUUCAGAAAUGUCUGGAUUCCUACCUGUGCUAUGCCCCUCGCAAGUUUGAUGCGUUGCUGGAUUGCCAUCCAGAGGUGAAUGACAUGCAGAAAUGUCUUCAUCGGAGUGUCUUCCUGACUUUCCUCAGAAUGUCCACUCACAAGGAGUCCAAGGAUCAUUUUAUCACUCCCUCUGUCUUUGGAGAAAUUAUUUACAAUAACUUCCUGUUCGACAUCCCUAAGAUUCUGGAUCUCUGUGUGCUUUUUGGGAAAGGAAAUGGUCUCCUGCUCCAGAAGAUGAUUGAAAAUAUCUUCACUCAGCAACCAAGUUACUUCAGUGACCUAGACGAAACUCUGCCCACGGUCCUCCAGGUGUUUAACAGUAUUUUGCGUAAGUGUGGUUUGCAGUGUGAAGGAGCCUCUGCUGAGCCUCAGAAAUUGGAAGAAAAAGUAAAUGUGACUCCAGGGAACAUGCCCCUCCAGGAGCUGAAGGAUAUUGUGCUGUACUUAUGCGACACUUGCACGACACUCUGGGCGUUUCUUGAUGUCUUCCCAUUGGCUUGCCAGACCUUCCAAAAACAUGAGUUUUGUUACAGAUUAGCUUCGUUUUAUGAAUUGGCAAUUCCUGAGCUGGAAUCUGCAAUUAAGAAGAGGCAUUAUGAGGAUAACAGUGUUUUUGCAGAUUUGUGGAGGAGAAUUUCGCAUUCCAGAAGGAAGAUGAUAGAAGCUUUUCACAUCCUAAUAAACCAAGUCUGUCUGCAGCCCAUCUUAGAAAGCAGCUGUGAGAAUAUUCAGCCUUUUAUUGAGGAAUUUCUACAGAUCUUCACUUCGGUGCUUCAGGAAAGGAGAUUUCUCCGUGACUAUGAUGAGCUGUUUCCUGUUGAGGAUGAUGUCAGUCUGCUUCAGCAAGCGUCCUCCACCCUAGAUGAGACCAGGACAGCCUAUAUCCUCCAAGCAGUGGAAAGUGCGUGGGAAGGGGUAGACAGGAAAAAAGCACAAGGCAUUAAAGAUCCAACACCACCAGCAGCGUCUAAUGGAGCAUCAGCCAUAGUGGAGAGCACUGCUGAGGACAUGGAAGAGCUCGGGGCUGCAUAUGCAUCAGAAGAUGAGUGUGCCGGUGCAGCUGCUGCGCCCAUUGCCAAGGUGUCAGGGGUGGAGCUGGACUCUCUGAUCUCUCAAGUGAAAGACCUGCUGCCAGACCUUGGUGAGGGCUUCAUCCUGGCCUGCCUGGAAGAGUACGGUUACAACGCGGAGCAAGUGAUCAACAACAUUCUAGAAGAUAAGCUGGUGCCAUACUUGGAUAAGCUGGACCGAACAAUGCAAAGACAGCUGAAGCCAGACCCUACUCCUCUAGUCACUUCUCGCUAUAGUUUCCAGAAUGAUGAGUUUGAUGUUUUCAGUAGGGAUUCAGUGGAUGUUUCUCGGAUAAAAAAAGACAAGAGGCAGAAGGACACGACCAGGAGUUUGCUGAAUGACAAACGCCUGAUUGCUGAGCAGAAGGAGCGCUACAGCCAGUACAGCAUGAUUGUGGAGGAGAUUCCUGUGCAGCAAGGAGACGCUCAACUCUACAAGGAGGACUAUGAGGACGAGUACGAUGACACUUACGAUGGAAACCAAGUGGGGGCAAAUGAUGCUGACUCAGAUGAUGAGCUGAUCAGUAGGAGGCCAUUCACAAUUCCUCGGGUCUUGAGACCUAAAGGACAGGAGGAAGGACAGGAGGAGGAGGAAGAGGAUGAAGAGGAGGAGGAGGAAGUGGAAAAGGAAAGAACAAAGGACCAUUUUGUGCAGGACCCAGCUGUACUGCGGGAGAGAGCUGAAGCCAGGCGGCUGGCUUACCUUGCGAGGAAGGGGCACAAGCACGACAGCUCUGCUGUUGUUGGGAAUGUGAAGGGCCAUGGGCAGAACCGGGAAACAGUGCAGGAACGAAGGAAGAAGGAAGCAAACAAAAGCACAAGAGCUAACCAUAAUCGACGAGUCAUGGCUGACAGAAAGCGGAAUAAAGGCAUGAUUCCUUCCUGAAAGACUCUUAGCCCAGGUGUUGCAUCAUCCCCAGUCCUCUGCAUAGGAGGAGGCGGUUGUGCUCCGUUCCCUUGGCACUCCCUUCACUCAGGGGACUGGAUGUCGUGGUUCAAUACCUGGCACUUCAGCUCAUGCGGAAUUGCACGCCCUGUGGGAGGGCUGCCCGUUCCCGGAAAGCCACUGCGCUGCAGGCAGACCCCGACUGCUCAGACGCGUGUAUGACGGUGGGCUGCGCCGCGAUGCAUCAGACAGGCUGCACCAGCCGUUCAUUUCCUUUUGUACUAUUUAUAAUUCUGAGAAUUUUAUUUUCAUACUGGCUCCUUGCGCUCUCUCCGCAACUCAAGCGGGCUUCCAGGCCGCGCAGCGGGCAGCUCUGAGAGCAAGGCUUCCCUGGAACAGCCUUCAAAGCUUUCUACUCCACUGAAAUGCCUUAUCCUGAAGUACAACUUGAAGGUUGAUAGGAAAACGCUCAGGCUAUUCCCGUUGCCGACAGACACACAGGAGUUCAGGCGAAUAAGACCUUGUCAUAAAUUUCUGUCCCUUGAGUGUGUGAAAACAGAAUGUGCAAAUAAAUGAUUUAAAUCUUUUACUUGGUGUUUUAGGCUCUUACAAACCGUAUUGAUCUUUAACUUGGAGGAACCUCAACAAGCCUUUUAAUGUGCUGUAUCUGCAGGCAGUGAAAUUCAGUUGCUGUUUUGUGUUGGUUUAGUGUAAUGAGAUCUAGCCACAGCCACUGAGACUAAAGAUACUUGAAAAUCAGGAUCAAGGCAUCCUGAGAGAGAUGACAGUAGUAUGGAAAUCAGAGUUGAAGGCAGCAGGGUCAGAGUCCCUGGGGAGCUGCCUCCUCAAUAACCACUUGUCACACUCUGUGAAGCAGAACUGCCUGGAUCAGCAUGUUUGCUGGAGCUAAGAGUCAACAGCAGUUUCUAGUUGCCAGAAGGACUUCUCCUGAGGACUGUCUUUUGUUAUGGAGUUGUUCCCUAGGCAAGGAGACACACAAAUUAUCGAGUUUACUUUGUAACCUGUUUUUGUAAGGUGCUCAAAUGCCAUGGCAAUGGCUGCCACACCGUGCCUAGGCAAGCCUGGAGUAUCUGCCGGCAGCUGGUGAUAAAACUGUUCCGGUCGC